UCACCUGGCAUCGUGGCCACCAUCCACGUUGGUUCUUUUCAGCCAUAGCUCAAACUUGAUACAAGCACUUGGCCUUCGGUUGGGAGACCCUCAGGUCUUGCCCCGUGGCACAGGUGGAGGAUGCUGUGGAUCCCGUGUCUCGCAUUCUGGGGCCUGCUGACCAGUGCACGGGCCAACCCUGGGGCCCAGCUGCACUUGGGCACGGACAUCAUGAACCAUGAGGUGAAGCGGGCCCUGGAGGAGAGUCAGAUCCUAGAGAAGAUGGCUGCGGAAGCAAGCAAUAAUGGGCCGGCGAUGAAAGCCGUCAAAGGCAUCAAAGAUGUGAAGGUGUCGGAUGUGCUGGAACCGAACAUCACCUUUAACUUCAUCCCCGGGAAGGGCGUCUCCCAGUGUGUGUCCACAGGCAUGACCAUCAAUGGCAAGAGCUUCAUGGGCGGGAAUAUGGAGAUCAUCAUCGUCCUGAACAUCACUGCCACCUACCGGCUCGUGCAGGAUGAGAGGACGGGCCUCCCCACAUUCAGGAGUGAGGACUGUGAGAUCAACCUGGUCAGCGUGAAGACCAACCUGCCCAGCAACAUGCUGCCCAACGUGGUGAACAAAUUCCUGGACAGCACCCUGCACAAAGUUCUCCCCGGCAUGCUGUGUCCAGCCAUUGACACGGUCCUUGUGUAUGUGAACAAGAAGUGGGCCAACCUUCUGGACCCCAUGCCCGUGGGCUCAGUGGGCACCGUCAAAUACGUCCUGUCUGACAUGACCUCCACGGCCAGCUACUUCCAAGUGGACUUCAAUCCCGAGGUGCAGCAGCAAGAAGGCAACACAAUUGCACUGGCUGAGGCUGACAAGACCCCCCAGAUCCCUGAAAGUUAUGCUGAGGGCUCCUCACAACUGAUGCUCUCGACCUCCUUCCUCACCUCACAGCUGACCCUUCUGCAGAAGUCCUUUGAUGUAAAAAUCGAAGAGAAGAAGAUUGGGAAGCUACCCCCACAAACCACCAAGACACUGGCUAAAUUCAUUCCAAAAGUGGCUAAAGCCUACCCCAAGUCAAAGCCCCUUGUGACACAAAUCAAGAUUAAUAAGCCACCCAAGGUCACCACGAUGUCAGGCAAGAGUCUGCUGCACCUCCAUGGCACCCUGGAGAUGUUUGCUGCACGGCGGCGUGGCAAGCCCCCCACAUCUCUCUUCCUCUUGGAUAUGCACUUCAACAUGAAAAUCCAGUUUUCACUGAGUAAGAACCGACUGAAGCUGGCCACAUCUAUGAACAGCUUACUGAGCCUGACCCGGUCAUUCUCCUCAGUCGGAGACUUUAGUGAGGAGAAAUUGAAGGACUUCUUCACUGAAUAUCUGAAAGCUGGCUACGUCCCCAUAGUUGAUGAUCUGCUCCAGAUUGGACUUCCCCUUCCGAACUUCCUGGACAUGGAUUACAGCCUGGCAAAGCUGGAUGUAGUAGAGGACGCCCUGGUGCUGGACUUGAAGCAUAACUGACCAGGGUAGCAUCGCCUGCCAGCCGCCUGCACACCACCCGCAGGCUCUACUCCACGCAGCAGAGCCCCUGAUGGAGUCACG